AUGGGCAGCGAGGUGAAGUGGCUGUCUAAGAAAGAGACUGAAGGAUGGAAAGACCCCAAGAAGUGGUGUGACUUUCAUCAGGACAUUGGCCACACUACUCCUGAUUGCAGAGGCCUUAGAUACGAAGUGGAUUACCUGUUGAAAAGAGGUCACCUCAGAGAGUUGCUCUCUGAGCGCGGUAGAGCAAUCUGGGAAAAGAGGAAAGUCGAUGACCCAGAAGCAUUGCCACCGCCGCCACCAGUUACUCAAACCUACUGUGUGAUUUCUGGGGGAUCAGAGAUCAGUGGAUUAUCCCACACCUCUGCCAAGAAGCACGAGAAGGAAGCAGCAAACCCAGCUACUAGAAUGGCACAAUCCCUGGGAAUUUUCACUAACCAGGUUGCAAACAUUAACCUGAAGCGAAUUUUAAUUGACAAUGGGAGUUCCGCCAACGUGUUGUUCUUGGCUGCCUACGAAGGAAUGGAUCUAGAUGAGACCUUGAUAUUGUGGAAGUCAACGGCUCUUAUCGGGUUCAAUGGUGAGGUGAGCCACUCGGUGGGAGAAGUUGUGUUACCCAUCUAUGCUCUAGGGUUGAACAAGCAGACUCGGUUUUCCGUCAUGGAUUCACCUUCUGCUUAUAAUGCUAUUUUAGGACGACCUUGGUUGCAUGCGAUAAGGGCCGUACCUUCCACAUAUUAUCAAAUUCUGCGCUAUCCCAACAAUAAUGGCGUUAGGGAGAUCUUGGGAGAUCAACACUCUUCUAGGAGUUGUUAUAAAACCACUAUGAGGAGCAAGGGAGAAUGA